UUCCCAACCCUUUCCCCAACAUUGUUAGAGGAGAUGGAGUCUUCCACGGGCUUGCAGGGAAAUUUUUCCGAGGCGGAACUUCCGAAGAUGCCAUAGGGCGUGUGCACCAAGGGCAUCUUCGACAAGUUCCGCCACGGGAGAUUUCCCAACCCUUUCCCCAACAUUGUUAGAGGAGAUGGAGUCUUCCACGGGCUUGCAGGGAAAUUUUUCCGAGGCGGAACUUCCGAAGAUGCCAUAGGGCGUGUGCACCAAGGGCAUCUUCGACAAGUUCCGCCACGGGAGAUUUCCCAACCCUUUCUUCCAUCCAUGGUGAUGAAACUCUCCAUCCAUGUUGGCUUGUUGAGCUGCUUCCCAUGGUCUAUCGAUGCUCCUUUUAUAGGCAGAGCGUCCUUAUCCUGCCGACAGCUUUAGUACCGGUUGCAGACACGAACCGGUACUAAAGGUUACCCACGCGUCCUUAUCCCACCGACAGGGCGUCGUGCGCUACAUACUUUAUCUCAUCGAGCAGGGCGUCCUUAUCCUGCCGACAGCUUUAGUACCGGUUGCACCUACCAACCGGUACUAAAGGUUACCCACGCGUCCUUAUCCCACCGACAGGGCGUCCUUAUCCUGCCGACAGCUUUAGUACCGGUUGCACCCACCAACCGGUACUAAAGGUUUGCCUCUGUCUUCCCGCCUAUUUUCUUCCCACGCUUUCCACCGGUUCCCGCCUUUGUCUUCCCGCCAUUUUUUCACUAUAUAUAUGUAGGCUUGGCCACCAUUUACAUAUCACAUCUAGACUCAUAUCUGCAAACCUCAUCAUUCUCUCCCAUGGCUUCCAUCGCAUCUCUAACCCCCCGGGAGGCGGAGGCGCUUUGCGCCUCGAACUACCCCUGCCCGCCGGGCUACCGCGUCCCGACCGGCUGGUUGCUAAGCGUCGGAGGCGUACCGGUCCCUCCAGUCCCUCUAGGUGUCGCGCGCGAGAUGGCCAUCACGAACCACUACUACUUCGAGCUCACGCCAGAGCAGCGGAGGAAUCCCCAGUGGCAUCCCGACUACAGCCCGACUUGGGAAAGCUUCUUCAUCAAUCGGCGUGAGAGGGCGCUUUCCAGGCAUGAGGAGGGCGGUCCGCCUCCUUCGAACUUCAACGAGGCCGGCCGUCGGCUGUGGUGGCGCGGCCGAACUCUCCAGGGCGUCAUGGCCUACCGUGGCCCCCGCCUGCGCUACCCUCAGUCCCAGCCCACGCGUGCUCACCCGCCGACCGGAGAGUACCGCGACCCCGAUGCCAGCGACGAUGAUGACGGCGACUACGACGACUACAGUGGCGACUACUACAGGGCUAGGCACGAGUAUGACUGAAUGACUCCAACAGUAGAAUUUGGCCAUGUAUCUUUAAUUUUCAGUUAAGCUAUGUACUUUUAAUUCGAGUUCAAUCGUAAUAAAAAUUUAUUCCCGCCCUUUCUUUCUCGCCUUUUUUCUCCCACGCGCGGCGUCGUGGCGGGAAAGUUUCCUGCGCGACGUCGUGGCGGGAAAGUUUCCUGCGCGACGUCGAGGCGGGAAACUUUCCCGCGCGAACGGCGUCGUGGCGGGAGUGUAAAGAAAGAAAUAGAAACAAUAAAUAGAAAAGAAAAUAAAUAGAAAAGCAAUAGAAAAAAUAAAUAGAAAAGAAACAGAAAAGAAAAUAAAUAGAAAAGCAACAGAAAAAAGAAAUAGA